AUGGAGCAAAACAAGAAACAAAUUCUUCAUGGAGAAUGCCCGGGAAAACUCGACUUGAACGUUCCUCCUUUAUCGACUCGGCGCCCUUUAUCCAAUAAUAUGUCAACAUGGCCGGAAAAUUCCAACUCCGGCAACAUGGUGCCUUUUUUGUGGGAAAGGAUUCCCGGCGAGCCCAAAGAUAAGGAUGCAAAUGACGAUAUCGCCCUUCCUCCUCCUCCGAAACCGCCGCCUGGGUGGCGCCCACCACCACUUUCCGAUGAUGACAAAAAAUGCAGCCGAAACGAACGUUUUUCGGAUGCCAUCGACAUAUUCUCAUUGGCCGAGUCAACAUAUGAUGAUCAUGUUGAGAUCGGCUGCAAAAAAGCGACAAAGGACAGAAGCUCAGAUAUGCCGAGCUUUAUCAUAGAGAGAUUUCUUCCGGAUGCUCAAGCAUUGGCCGAGGCAUCGGUUAUAAACAAUAAAUUUCCUUUCUUGAGUUCACCCGAUUAUAUUUAUCAUACGAGGGACUAUUUCUCUAGGGGAUCACAUUCACGCCAUUCGCCAAAGGGCUGCGGUUUAGGUAGCAUUUUUCCAUGGAGGUUGAAACCCAAACCAUGUCGGGUUGGGAGCCCGGUUUGCGACACUAUAAUUGGCAACAAUCAAAGAAAGAGCCGUUGA